AAUAUUUAUGUGCGAUUAUUCUUGAUAAUCUACAAAAUAUAAUUUUUGCCAUUAUGAUAAUUAUGAACUUAAUCAAAUUAAAUAAAUAUACAUAUAUAUUUUAUGUAUGUAUGUAUACAUAUAUAUAUAUAUAAAAAUUCCAUUUUUGAAUUCAGAUUUCAUAUCUGCUGGAGGUGCUCCCUAUCUCAAAAAUUAUUAUAAUUCGCAUACUUAUAAGUAUGUAUAUAUGCAAUUUAUAUUAUAAUGUACUUGUAGAAACAAAAUAUUUUUCUUUAAGGUUAUCAAAUAAUAUUUUUUUCUUUUAUCAAUUUUUUUUUUUUUUUUGAUUUCUUUACUCUUGAUAGACAAAUCUAUAAUAAAUCAAUGGACAAAAUAUAUUAAUUUUGAAUUUUGUGUGCGGCAAAUAUCUAUUAGAUUUUAAUUGUGAAAGUUAUAAGGAAUACAAAUAAUUUUUUGGCGAAAAAAAAAAAAUUUAUUUUAAAAUCAUGUUACCGGGUAUUGUACAGAAAAUCAAUUUAAUUUCAAAAAAUUUAAAAUAUCAAAAAAUAUUUUAUAAACAAAUUGCUUGUUAUUCAAUUUCAAAAACUCAAAAUCUUGGUAUCAUUGGUGUACCAUUUUAUAAAGGACAACCAAAAUCUGGUGUUGAUUUGGCACCAAAAUUUCUAAGAGAUUAUGGUUUAAUAGAAAAAUUAAAGAAUAUUGGAAAUAAAAAAAUUAUAGAUUAUGGUGAUCUUACAUAUAAUUUGGAAAAUGUUAAAACAUUAGAAAAUGCAUUAAAUUAUCAAGAUGUAAUAUCUGUUAAUAAAGCAUUAUCAUUAAAAAUUCAAGAAAUUCUAAAAGAAAAUGAUCAAUUUUUAGUUUUAGGUGGAGAUCAUUCAAUUGGAUUUGGUUCUAUUGCUGGACAUUUAGCUUUCGAUCCAAAUAUAUCUGUUAUAUGGAUUGAUGCUCAUGCUGAUCUUAAUACUUACUUAUCAUCAAAUAGUGGUAAUAUACAUGGUAUGCCAUUAUCAAUGGUUAUUGAUGAAUUAAAAGAUUAUUAUAUUAAGACUGAUGUAUCGAAAAUUGUGAAAAAUUAUUUACCAGCCAAAAAUCUUUAUUAUAUAGGGCUGCGAGAUCUUGAUUCAUUUGAAAAAUCUUUUAUAAGAGAAAAAGGAAUAAUGGCAUUCGGAAUGAUGGAUAUUGAGAAGUUAGGAAUUCCGACAAUUAUGGAUUUUAUAAUUAAAUCAAUUGGUAGCAAUAAUAAAAUUCAUAUUAGUUUCGAUGUUGAUUCAUUGGAUCCAAGUAUUUCUCCUAGUACUGGAACAAGUGUUUUUGGUGGACUUAAUUUACGUGAAAUAUUUUAUAUUUUAGAAAAAUUGAAUGAUACAGGAAACGUUACCGGUUUUGAUGUUGUUGAAAUUAAUCCAUUACUUGGUGAUGAACGUGAUGCUAACUUAACAGUUAAUACAGCAAUUGAAGCAAUUAAAAUAAUAAUGGGAUAUAAAAGAUUUUAAUAAAUUAAAAUAAAAAUCAAUAAUAUGGUUUUUUUUUUUGCUUAUAUUAUGUAUACAAUUUUGUUCGGCACGUCUUUUAUAUUUUUAAUACAAUAUUAUUUUAUUUAACAAUAGCACACAA